AUGUAUAACAAAAGCGAACAAAGGGCACAUGCCUAUUUAUACAGCAAGAGGUUUAAACCUCCAAUGGGAUGUAGUGCAUCUUCUAAAUAUUGUAGAUUUAAAGGCAAUAGAAACACCUAUAUAGUGCUAUUUACGAAUAUAUUUUGUAUAGUUGCCUUUUUGGCGUUGCAACAGGUGACUUUUGCAGCAAUGAAAAUUAGCGAGGUGGACGAGGUGAUGAAAGAAGUGGUGUAUACGAGCGGAACGACAGAGUGGACGGUUAAACCCAAUGGGCCGGUUAGCCCGAUCAUGUUUUAUCUACGUGACAAAAACAUUGAUGCUUUUUCAAUUCGACUUAUUUCCCCUAACAUAAAUCUAUAUUAUAGUAUGCUAGACAAAAAUAGCAAUACAUGCUUCAAAAGAAAUUCAGCCAAAGACAGCGUAUAUUUAAAGGAUAAAGAUGGAAAAAAAGUGCUAAAAGAGAUCAUAGACCACUAUAGUGCGCUGCUUGACAUGUUUCCCUCACCCGAAAACAAAAUAAGCAUCUUCCCUAAAGAAGGCUGCACAGACUCUUUUACUCUAUUCUUGAAGAGCGAUCCUGUGAAAAAAUAUGCCAACACAAUUCUUGCAGCACUUCUUCUUAUGGCGGAGAAAAUAGAUGUGCCGCUGUCACUUGAGGAAGUUGAUGGGCGGCUGGAAAAGCUUGUAUGGAAGGGCGGGGCAGAUUGUAGUGAGCACUUUUCUCUUGAUAUGUUUAUGGAUUCUUGCCAGUAUUUAUACAGCAAGAACUGCAAGAGGCUAAGACGUAAUAAGAAAUAUCAAGAGAAGGCAGUAAACACUAUUCAGUAUUUCAUUGGCCUAAAGCAGGCUGAAGUAUUCUUGCAUGAAAUGGAGGUAAAAAGCAUAUAUAGCAUUGAGCACUGGAUAGAUGAUAUUUUAGGCAGGGAGAGCUGGCUUAUACAGUUAUAUAUCAUCUUCUAUAUAGAAACCCCAGAAGAUGCAAAAAACUUCAACAGAACACUAUACAUAAUGCUGGAUAGAUGCAUAGAACUAAAUAAAGAGAAGAAUGUAGACAUGGAAAGUAGGCGAGCCACGAAGUUUUUUAAGAGGUGUUUUGCUCGGAGCGAUAGAGAUUCAGAAACAGUUAUCUAUUGGGAAAAUUUAAAAGAACUAAAGAGAAUUACUACACCUAUAAAAAACGUUAAAUUGCUUCCCUUUACAGAUCCCGCAAUGUUCCCUAUUAAAAAGCGAGCUAUGUUGCAUUUGUAUAGGAAUAUCUAUUUUUCACAGGAUGUGUUCUUGACCGAUCUGGAGUCUGCCUUGCAUGGAAUAUUUUGCUGCUUUGCAUAUGACUCAAAUAGCGAUGUGUAUCGAGUUGACCACAUCCCAAAUGUAUUAGAAGAGGUGAAGAACUUCUUCCCCAUGCCUUUCGACUACUUUAAGUAUGUUUAUGAUAGGCCAUACAAUGCAAAUUAUAGUUCUUCUAGCCAUAAUCUUUUUUCAUCCAAUCCAGACAGUGUAGCUCCAGGAAAGAAAACACCCGAAGGUGUUUAUCCCCAAUGGAAAAAAAUGAUUAAGGAUAUAAAGAUUAAGGAUAUAGAAUACAUGUCCAAGAAUAGUAAGAUUAUCAAGUCAGGCCUUCUCAACAUGCUUACUAUAAUUGUAACACUUGCAGGAAGAUAUAAUGGAGAAGACAAGAAGAAAAUACAAGACUUUAGAAAUAAAGUAAAAGGUAUGGAGAAUGCCAUUACCAAUGCCAUGCCACUGGAUCUUCUAACUGAUUUAGAGACUUAUAUAUCGAAUUUGUUUACAUCUCUUUCCAGAGACUGUGUGGCAUGCAGAAGCAUGCCAAUAUGGUAUGAAGACCCUCUGUAUCUUGGGGAAAAAAGACAAGUAUUUGUAAAAUUCAUAGUACUUGGAGAAUACAAAGCCAAAAGCGCAUCGGAUUUGUGUGGGAAUUUAGAAAUAUAUUAUGCACACGAUAGACAGGCAAAGCCUAUAAUAGUUCACUUAAUGAAUGUUAAAACUGCCUACCUAGAGCUCGGCAUGCCGAUUAUAAAGCUAUGUAUAACAAAUGAAAAAGAGCGCCACUUGAGAAAUAGCAUAGAUAAAAUACCGCUUGAUAAUAUGGUUUGCUAUUGUAUUUUUGCAUAUGCCAGAAACAUAAAACAGUAUAUCACAGAUAGUAUAAUACUUGAUUUGUAUAUGCGCAAAUUUGAAAAUAAUGGUGUCUCACAGAUGAGGCUUGCCUGCAUAACCGCUCAACCAUACCAAUAUCUCAGCACGCAAUCCUAUACUAUAAUUGAGUUUGUCAAAAAUAAUUCAUGCCGAGGCAUAUUGCUAAUAGAGGGAUUUAACUAUUCUGAUCUGCGCAGUUUAGGCAAUUUAAUAAUACUUAAUAGAUUAAAUAACUUAGAUGCCCAGUUACUUUUGAUUAUUUGCAUAGGCUGCAGAAAAUCGCAUGUGCAAAACAGCUUGAAAAGUAUAGAGAAAGUCUCCCGAAAAUAUACUGGAGUGUAUCGAGAUGAUAUAUCUGAACAUACCAUAGCAGAAACAGUUAAAUGUCUGGUAAAGAAAGGCCUCUAUGUGGACAGUGCAAAUGUAAUAGCAGCGUAUACCCAGAUAUUUGCUCAUCGUGAUGCAAAAUGCGCAAGUAAAAUAUUCAAACUGCUAUCUUAUAGUGUGAAAUCAAAAGUAUCUGUUUAUUUUAAAUAG